AUGUCGUCGUCCCAAGGCAUAACACCAAACUUCACCCCGAGCGACUAUGUCAAGUUCUUUGGCGCCGGCGCCCUGGCUGCCACCCUGACACACGGAGCCGCGACACCCAUCGACGUAGUCAAAACCCGGAUCCAGGUCGACGACGCCAUGAAGGGCCUGAACAUGGUCCGCGCGGCGCGCACCAUCGUCGCAAAGGAGGGCUCCUCGGCGCUGCUCACGGGCUUCGGCCCCACGGCGGUCGGCUACCUCGUCCAGGGCGGCGGCAAGUUCGCCGGCUACGAGUUCUUCAAGAAGAAGCUCAUCGACCUCUCCGGCUCCACCGAGAAGGCCACCGAGCACCGCACCGCCAUCUACCUGGGCGCCUCGGCGGCGGCCGAGUUCUUCGCCGACAUUGCCCUGUGCCCGCUCGAGGCCACGCGCAUCCGCCUCGUCAGCGAGCGCGGCUACGCGACAGGGCUGGUCCCCGGGUUCGCCCGCAUGGCCCGCGAGGAAGGGUUCCGGGGCUUCUACUCGGGCUUCGUGCCCUUGCUGUUCAAGCAGGUCCCUUAUGCCGUGGGCCAGUUCUCCGUGCACGAGGCCGCCGUCGAGUGGAUCUACCGUGCCAUGGGCCCCGAGAGGAAGGCCAAGCUCACGCACCUCGAGUCCACGGGUGUGGAGCUGUCCUCGGGCAUCGUGGCCGGCGUGGCGGCCGCCGUGCUCUCCCAUCCCGCCGACACGCUGCUGUCGGCCAUGAACAAAGGUGCCGGCGACAAGACGCAGAGCUCGACGGCGAGGCUGUUUAGUCUCGCCAGGGAGUUUGGGCCGAAGCGGUUGCUGACCACCGGGCUCGGGCCGCGUGUGCUGAUGACCUGUGGUCUGGUGUCUGGGCAGUUUGUCAUCUACGCCCAGUGCAAGGCGCUUGUCGGUGCCCCGCCAGGCAUCGAGAUUCACAAGGAGGAAAAGUUGGAUUAG